GCCAUGGUGAAUGAGAAGCACGAUGGCAACCUGCUUGUGCAGCUGGGACCCAAACUGCAGGCCUACCCGGAGAAGCUGCUCCGGCAGCGUCGAGGCCACGACAGCCGGCCUGAAUACCUGAUCCAGUGGAGUGUGAUUAGCUCGGAAGAGAGAGCAGUGGGAGGCAGCAGUGCCUCCUGUGCAGAGACCAAGCCAGAGAACAUCUCGAUGUGGAUGUCUGCAGAAGAGGUCUGUGCCAGCUGCCCAGCACUGCUGGGCAAGAGGAAGCUUGAAGGGCCGUGGGUGAAAGAGGAGAAGGCACCAAGUCCGUUGGCUGCAGAUGUCCCGCUGGACGAAGCCUCGCUGCUGGAGAUGAAGGCUGAUGUCAGGAGUCUGGUGCAGCGAGCCAUGCGGCAGGUGGCCGAGGCCGGGACACCCAAGUGCUCCAUCCUGAACACUGUGCACGUGCUGAGCGCCUACGCCGGCAUUGGCUCUCUGGCGGGUGCCUUCAGGGAGACGGGAGCCCUGGACGUGCUGAUGAAGAUGCUGUGCCACAGGGAGAAGCAGAUCCGCCACAGUGCCGGCAAGAUGCUGCGGACCCUGGCUUCGCAGGAUGCAGAGAGCCGGGCCUAUAUCCUGCGUUCCCUGAGCCAGCAGGAUGGCAUUGAGCAGCACAUGGACUUUGACAGUCGCUGCACCUUACUGGAGCUGUUUGCUGAGAUAACAUCCUCUGAAGAGCAGUGCAUGUCCUUUGAGGGGAUUCCCCUUCCACAGAUCCCUGGGAAGCUGCUGUUUGUCCUGGUGAAGCGCUACCUGUGUGUCACUUCUCUCCUGGACAAGCUGAGAAGUGGUGUGGAGCAGGGAGAGGAGCAGCAGGAGUGUGCUGUGCCCAGCCUGCUCCCUGAGGAGAGGAGCUGUGUGAAGCAGGAGUUUGAGUUCAGCAUGGCCAUGGCAAACCUCAUCUCGGAGCUGGUGCACGUGAUGGGCUGGAACCACAACCACAAGCCAGAGCUGCCACCCCGACAGGAGCUCCGGCCUCGCACCACCCGCUCCAUCUUCCAGCACAAGACUCCAGCCAGCACUGCUGCUGAAGCAGCCCCUAUUUCCCCACCAAAAGAGCCCAUCACCUUCAAGACACGCUCAGCCUUCCCAAGCCGCAGCAGCUACGUGGAGUACGUGCAGGCGAACCUCACGUGCGGCAUGCGAGUGCGCAUGCUGGAGGACUACGAGCAGGUCAGCGCAGGUGACGAGGGUGAAUUCCGCCGCAGCAACGACGGCAUGCCGCCCGUGCAGGUGUAUUGGCAGGCCCUGGGCUGUACAUACUGGGUUCACUGGCAUAUGGUUGAGAUGAUUGGCCCUUCAGAGCAAAAGGAACUUGAGGGCCAGGAGAAGGUGAACACCCUGACACAAAAACACAGACUGAGAGCAGUUGCACAACCAUUUUUGUGCAAGCCCUUGGGAGGUCUGUACUCCCUGCCUUACCUGGGGCAGCCGCCGACCAAGGCUGCAGAGGCCCUGAGCCGUGCCGAGUGGUGGGAGCUGCUCUUCUUUGUGAAGAAGCUGGAAGCACAGGAGCAGAAAGAGAUCACCUUUCUCAUCCAGCAUGACCAGGGAGAGCAGGUAUGGGCCAGUGCCUGCAGUGAGGAAAUGGGAGGGAGAAAGCGAGGGAGAACAUUAGGGAAAGGACCAGGACCAGUGGAGAUG